UCCAAUCUUCGAGCAUCUAUGGAUGCUUCUUCGAUGGAAAAACUACUUCCAUGUGCCUCAUACUCUUCGAUUCACACACCGAAACUCACUUCUACGCACAAUUUUGAAUUCCUAAACCCCAAGGUACAAAUCAAAUGGCCAACCCGGAGGAAUCACAAUGCCUUGGUGGUUAAUGCAAGCGAUGGAGGUGUAGGAGGAGAAGUGGAUACGGCCGUGGUGGAAAAGGAGAAGCCGAAAGCAUUGCCGCCUCGGUUUCAGGUGUUACAGGGUUCUCCGACGCCGUUUGGUGCCACAGCGAAAAAAGAUGGGGUCAAUUUUGCAAUAUAUUCACGCAAUGCCACAUCUGCGACUCUAUGCUUGAUGACUCCCUCUGAUUUGCCUGAGAAAAGAGUUACUGAGCAGAUACCUCUGGAUCAACUUACCAAUAAGACUGGAGAUGUCUGGCAUGUGUUUCUGAAAGGAGAUUUUACAGACAUGCUAUAUGGCUACAAAUUUUCUGGAGAGUUUUGUCUUGAGGAAGGACACUACUAUGAUUCUUCUCAGAUCUUAUUAGAUCCUUAUGCUAAAGCUGUUGUAAGCAGGGGGGAGUUUGGUGUUUUAGGACCUGAUGAUGAUUGCUGGAGCCAAAUGGCAUGCAAAAUUCCUACCAUUCAUGAGUUUGACUGGGAAGGAGAUCUACCUCUUGCAUUCCCACAAAGAGAUCUGGUAAUUUAUGAAAUGCAUGUUCGUGGAUUUACAAGGCACGAGUCCAGCCAGACAGGAUCUCCUGGCACUUACCUUGGUGUAGUAGACAAACUUGAUCAUUUGAAGGAACUUGGUGUGAACUGCAUAGAGUUGAUGCCUUGCCAUGAGUUCAAUGAGCUGGAGUACUUCAGCUACAAUCCUGUCUUGGGUGACUAUAGGUUAAAUUAUUGGGGGUAUUCGACUAUCAACUAUUUUUCACCAAUGUCGAGAUAUGCAUCUGCUGGUGCUAGUAAUUGUGGCCUUGAUGCAAUAAAUGAGUUCAAACAGCUUAUUAAAGAGGCACACAAACGUGGAAUCGAGGUACUCAUGGAUGUGGUUUUCAAUCACACUGCUGAAGGGAAUGAGAAUGGUCCCAUAUUGUCUUUUCGAGGUGUUGAUAACAGCGUCUUUUAUAUGCUUGCACCUAAGGGGGAGUUUUACAACUAUUCAGGUUGUGGAAACACCUUCAAUUGCAACCAUCCUGUCGUACGCCAAUUCAUAGUAGAUUCCUUGAGAUAUUGGGUAACGGAGAUGCAUGUCGAUGGAUUUCGGUUUGAUCUUGCUUCUAUCCUGACAAGAGGCAGCAGCCUCUGGGAUGCAGCAAAUGUAUAUGGGAAUCAAUUAGAAGAUGAUUUGCUGACAACUGGAUCACCUCUCAGCAGCCCACCAUUGGUUGACAUGAUUAGCAAUGACCCAAUACUUCGAGGAGUGAAGCCUGUUAAUUAUAUCAUGAACCAAUUAUGCUCGUUAUUUCAUGACAUUUCCAACAGCUAAUAGCUGAAGCAUGGGAUUGUGGAGGCCUUUACCAAGUUGGCAUCUUUCCUCA